UUUGUGGGCGGGGCUUGAGCUGUGUUAUUGAGCGCUCGUAUGGGAAUGUUAUGCAGUGGUCUCUCUAAAGAGAAAGAGAGAGAGAGAGGAAAAGAGGAAAGAGAAAAAGAGAUAGAGCGCUGUAAUAUUGAGUAAGUGUUAUCGCUGUUAUUCGGCGGUGCAGAUGUGAAGAGAAUCUCGGGAUUAAUAGCCGUGGUCAUGUCGGGAGAGGUCCGGCCUCCGGAGGGCCUGGAUGAGCUGGAGCUGAUCCAGGAGAAUGGGGAGGAGUACAGGAACCCCACAGAGGUUAAAAUGAGCCAGAUCGUCCUGCCCUGCCACGCCAACCACUGCGGAGAGCUCAGCGUCGGACAGCUGCUCAAGUGGAUGGACUCCACCGCCUGCCUCUCAGCUGAAAGGCAUGCUGGCUGUUCCUGCAUCACUGCGUGUGUGGAUGACAUUCACUUCGAGCACACCAUCGGGAUUGGACAGGUUGUGAAUAUCAAAGCUAAAGUUAACCGGGCCUUCGCGUCCAGCAUGGAGGUUGGAAUAGUGGUGAGCUGUGAGGAUCUGUACAGUAACCGCCAGUGGAAGGUGUGCAAUGCCUUUGCCACCUUUGUGGCUCGUCGCACUGAAGCAGGAAAGGCGCAGUUGAAGCAGAUAAUCCCCCGAACGCAGGCGGAGCAGAUGGAAUACAGCAUCGCAGCCGAGCGGCGGAGGAUGAGGCUGAUCCACGCAGAGAUCAUCAACGAUCUGCUCAGCAGCUGCUGCGCUCACACAGUGAGUGAGUAUAUGCAGUAUGAGGACGCUGUUCCUGCAGAGCGAACACGAGUAGAGAGUGUGGAGCUGGUUCUUCCACCACAUGCCAAUCACCAGGUCAGCACCUUCGGGGGUCAGAUCAUGGCCUGGAUGGAAAACGUGGCCACGAUUUCAGCCAGUCGCUUGUGUAACGCCCACCCGACUCUGAGGAGUAUAGACAUGUUCCAUUUUCGCGGGCCAUCCCACAUAGGAGACAGGCUGGUGCUGAAGGCCAUCGUCAACAACACAUUCAAGAAGAGCAUGGAGGUGGGCGUGUGUGCAGAGGCCUAUCAGGGUGGAGAACCCUUACGUCACAUCAACACGGCCUUCAUGACCUUUGAAGUUCUGGAUCAGGACAAAAAGCCCCAGACGCUGCCCAGGAUCCGACCUGAGCCAGUGGAUGGCAAGAGGCGUUUUCAGGAGGCCAUUGCUAGGAAGAAGGUUCGUCUGGACAGAAAGUACAUCAUCUCCUGCAAACAGAGCGAGGUUCCUCACUCAGUGCCGUGGGAACCCCAUAACCAGAUGUAUCUCAGCUACAACAAUGUUUCAGCGCUGAAGAUGCUGGCUGCUCUGAAUAACUGGGUUCUGACCUCAGAGAAAAACAAGGUCAGUCUGUACACUCUGGAGGAGAAUCACAUGCUGUGCAUCAGGGUGGAGACUCAUGUAGCUGUGGAGGCGGAGCAGGUGUUUCUGCUGCUGUCUGACCUCCAGCGCAGACACGAGUGGGAUCCGCACUACAAAGAGUGUGAGGUAAUAAACCAGGCAGAUGAGGACGACACCAUUUACAGAGUGGUCACUCCGUCCGUUAGCAAAGGAGGAAAAGGGAAGGACUUCAUCCUCCUGGCCUCCAGGAGGCGCCCUUGUGAUUCUGAUGACCCUUACUGGAUCGCCCUUCGCUCCGUCACCCUGCCUGCAUACCCACCCACCGAGGACUACACCCGAGGAGAGGUGCUGUCUGCUGGGUUUAGGAUAAAGGCGAAUGGCUCGCUCACUAAGCUUUCCUACUACAACCAGGGCACUCCUGGCGUUCUGCCGUACAUCUCCACUGACGUCGCCGGACUCUCCUCCAGUAUCUACUCGGCCAUCACCUCCUGCAGCGCCUUCCUGGAGGAGAAUAAGGACAGUCUGGCCGCAGUGCCCCCGGCCGCCCCCGGAGAGCCGCGCUGGGACCCAGUUUAAAAGGGGGUGUUAUGCAAUGUUAAAGCGACACAACAGAGUUUUUGUCUAGUAGGUGGAAAAUGUUCUCAAAAAAAGAAAAAAAAAAGAGUCUCUGUAGGACAGGGUGGAGAACAGAGGGGCAUCAGUGAGUCCAGCAGAGUUUACUGACCUCUGUGUUUAAACAUACUGACUAAAGCUGGUAGAGAACAGGUGAGUUCAUCCAGGUGUGCCUGAGCAGGGAAAUGUGGGAAUAAACGUGUGUUUUCACAGACAUGUUUUCACACCUGAUAGUUCUAAUCAAGCUUCAUGUGUUUGUUACAUUGUAUAUUGUACGUUUAGCCCAGUUAGUUUCCUAGUUAGAUGCGUCGAUAAUGUGUGAUGAAACCAGACAGAGAGCCACACAAAAAAAAAAAACUGUUUUGGAAAAUGAAGUUUAAUGGGAUGGAGUGCUAGCUCCAGACUAGUAGCUCUCCAGCCCAGAGGGUUGUCGAACCCAAUUGCAGAACAAUUGAAUUCAAAGCAGAGAAAUCCAAGAAGAAGAAAAAAAAACGCCCUUAUAAGUAGAAAGGAAGCCCAAGAACGGGCAAUAACUAAAGUUUACAGUUUACAGAGAGACAGGGGAGGAAUGUAACCAAAAGCUCACCAGAGAAGCAUUUUAUUAAAUUCAUUAUAGUUCAAACAACCUCACGGGCCAGAUGUUUCAUGCUUGUGGGCCACAUCUGGCUCAUGGGGCGCCUAUUGCCAACCCCUGGCGUACAGUGUAAUAGCAGCGCUGUGUCCAUUAAACACAUUUGACUCCACAAUACUCUUUGCUCUAUACAAUUUAAACACUGUCUUCUACAUUACUCGCGGUGAGUUAAAUUACUGCAGAAAGCUGCUAAAGAGAUUUUAUCCAGGCUUCACUCCUUAAUUAACAUUACUUACUUAGCAGAAUAAGUGUUAGGGAGGUACUGUACUCUGUCCACUCCAUUAAACAAUCAUUUCAGGGAGGUAUCUCCUUGAAAAAAAAAGAAAAGAAGAAAAAAAGUAAACUAAAUAAAUAAAUAAAAAAAUAAAAGUAUCCCAGAAUUUCCUGAAAAUAACCUCCAGCUUGUGUAAAUGUUUCCUAUAAUAUAUUUUGUAAUUUUUAGUUUAAUGUAGUUACAUCAAACUAUCAAAAUGUACUGCACAAUUGGUCUUGUUUAAAUGUUUAGCUGUCUUCACCAGUAGGAAGUACAAACGAAGGGCAUGACAACAAUAAUUGUGACUAAUUGAUUAACCGAACAAAUAAUCUGCAGAUAAGUCGUCUGCUAAAAUAGUCAUUAGUUGCAGCCCUAAUCACCAGCAUGGGCAGUGGGAGACUUCCUAUACUUCACAUUGAUUAGUUUGUAGAAGGGCCUGUCUCAGAUGCUUGUGUCAAGUUGUCUUUCCGAGUGUUGUGCCAAAUUCUGCCUUCCUGCCAGAAUCCAACUCACUUUAAGUACAGGUGCAUCCUGCAGCAGAACGAGCGUAACAGAUUCCCCUCAAAUUACUUUUAUUUCUGUUUAUAAAUGUGAGUUAAUCUACAGUUACAGUAGAUACAGGAAUCACCAGUGUUCUGUAAUCUGUUGUACUCAUACUGCUGCAUGACACGCCUGCAUGCCAAGGGGAGUCAGAUUUGGACACAACACCGCUUCUUCUUUUUCUUCUUCUAUUGUUUAAUUGGUGAUGAUAGCCUUACUCAACUUUUUGUAUUUGGUAUAAAAAGUCUGACCUAUUAAAAAAUGAUUUAUUUUAUUUUUUUUCAGAACAAAAACGAAAAGUACGAAACAAGAUAGGCAUAAGGGCUCCAUAAGCCCUUCACGACUAGAGUUCCCAGUAAGAGUGCUUGAGAAAAGCUCUUACACCUGAAGUUAUGUUCUGCUCUACUAUAAAGAAACAAUGUGCCUGGUCAUAUUGGCCAAGGGCAUUUUUAACCACCCAAAAGCAAAACAAAACUCCAAUAAACAUACAUUUUAGCUUGAUUAACAUCAAAAUGAAUAAAUAUUCAGUGCAAUUCAUUUAACAUAAAAAUGAAAGUAUUUAAUAAUGAACUUUUUGUUAUGAAAUGAUUUCCAAUGCAAUUUUAUUUUAGUACAGUGGAAAAAAUAUGCAUUUAACACAUUAUUUAUAUUAUAUAUUUAUUUAUUUAUUUAUUUAUUUAUUUUACUCAUUCUGUUCAGAUAUUCUCUAUGUAUAUAUUUGAAAAUAUAUAUUUAUUUUAUAAGCACUUGUAUGAACCUAGUAAACGUGACUCUAAGCUAGAGUGCCAUCUGCUGGACAAAAUCUCUGUUGGGCUGCUAUAUGGAUUAGAGUUAAGAUGACGUUUGAUCAGGUUAAGUGGUCAGCCAGCAUACAGUACGGGUGUAUUAUUUUUUUUUUUUU